AUGGGAAUCGACGGCACCGGUAGCAACGCGGACGGCAUAGGCGCAAGAGUAUACCUCAAAACCGCGAGAGGUAACGGCGACGAAGCGCUCGUCCAAGUUCAGGAGGUCCGAGCAGGAUCGAGCUAUCUGUCGAUGGAUAGCAUCGAUCUCGAAUUCGGCCUCGGAGACUCGACGGCCAUUGACGAGAUCACGGUGCUGUGGCCCAGCGGAAGGAAGCAGACGCUACGCGUACGAUAUUCCGGCCAACCAGAUCAUGGAUAUCACUGA